UGUCCUUUUUAAUUGUUGCAACUACAGUAACAUUUUAUUAGCAUGUUGGGACUUUCUUUUUGCCGAUAUAUGAUAGUUAUUGGCUAACCUAAAAUAAAAGUUCAUGCAGUCAAAUAUGGAUGUGCAUUGAAUAGUUAAUGCACAAGGUUAUUAUGUGAUUAUUGGUAUAACCAUCUAUGCAGAUGAAGCUGAUAAUUUGAUGAAUGAAGCCCAAGUAGGUGGAUUUGUUGACACUGAUUUAACUGCGGAAGCAGUUUGUCCCAAUAUAACAAAGGGUGAAUGCAGUAUUAAAAUAAAAGAAGAGCAGGUAGAACAAGAUGGUGUAAUAAAUGAUGUAGGAAAUGGUGGUGACAUUUUAUUGAUGUGGCAAAAAUGGGAAGAAGAGAACGAUAGGUGGAUGGAAGAAAACUAUGCACUUUAUCUAGACUUCAAUAGUCAGAAUGAGUUUAUGACUGAAACUGCUGAGCAGCCAUCUGAUUUGAUCAUACCCUUGCUAAGGUAUCAGAAAGAAUGGUUGGCUUGGGCUUUGAAGCAAGAAGAAUCUAUAGUUAGAGGCGGCAUUCUUGCAGAUGAUAUGGGGAUGGGGAAGACUGUUCAAGCCAUAGCUCUUGUGCUAGCUAAACGUGGAAUAGGGCAAGCAAUUUCAGAUUCCGCAGUGAAAGGAACCCUUGUUAUUUGUCCAGUUGUUGCUGUGAUUCAGUGGGUCAACGAGAUUGAACGCUUCACUACAAAAGGAAGCAACGCAAUUUUUGUAUAUCAUGGUGCCAACAGGGAGAAAAAUAUUUGCAGAUUCGCGGAAUAUGAUUUUGUUAUCACUACCUACUCAACAGUGGAGACUGAGUACAGGAAAAAUAUAAUGAUUUUGCACUCUAUGAAUUGGAAUCGUAUUAUUUUGGAUGAGGCCCAUUGUGUGAAAAAUAUACGCAGCAACACUACAAGAGCUAUUCUUUCGCUAGAAUCUUCUUAUAAGUGGGCCUUAAGUGGUACUCCCCUACAGAACCGUGUAGGAGAGUUGUACUCACUUGUCCAUUUCUUACAAAUUAUUCCUUACUCGUACUACUUCUGCGAAGAUUGUGAUUGCAGAGCUCUCGACAAUAGCUCAUUCGAGUGUCCACAUUGCCACCACCAAUCUUUUCGACACUUUUGCUGGUGGAAUAGAUAUAUUGCAUCACCCAUACAAUCUCAAGGGAAUCAUGGGUUUGGUAGAGAUGCGAUGGUUCUGUUGAAACACAAAAUUUUAAAAACCAUAAUGCUAAGACGUACUAAAAAGGGAAGGGCUGCUGAUCUUGGACUUCCUCUAAAGAUCGUUACCUUGCGCAAAGAUUGUUUCGAUGUUAAGGAAGAAGAGUAUUACAGAUCAUUGUGGGAUGAAAGUCGGGCACAAUUCAAUAUGUACAUUCAAGCUGGUACAUUGAUGAAUAACUAUGUUAACAUUUUUAAUCUACUCACACGCAUGCGGCAGGCCGUCGAUCAUCCUUACCUUGUGGAAUGCUCAAGUUCUUCUUUGGCUAGAAGUGGAAGAACAACUAAUGUUGGCUAUGUUGAACAAACAUGUGGUUUAUGUCAUGAUCCAGCAAAAGAUCCAAUCGUUAAUUCUUGCACACAUGUCUUUUGCAAGUCAUGUCUAAUAAACAUUUCUGCAAUUGUGGAACAACUUUCAUGCCCUUCAUGUUUUAAAUCAAUUACAGUGGAUUUCACAGCAAAUGAUCAGAAAACUAAAGCAACAAUCAAAGGAUUUAGGUCCUCGAGUAUAUUGAACAGAAUUUGCCUUGAUAAUUUUCAGACAAGCACAAAAAUAGAAGCGUUGAGAGAAGAAAUAAGGUUCAUGAUUGAAAGAGAAGGUUCCGCAAAGGCAAUAGUUUUCAGCCAAUUCACAUCAUUUUUGGAUCUGAUACACUAUUCUCUACAGAAGUCGGGUAUUAAUUGUGUUCAAUUAGAUGGAUCCAUGACUAUCACUGCAAGAGAUUCUGCAAUUACAAGAUUUACCAGUGAUCCAGAUUGCAUUAUAUUUCUCAUGAGUUUGAAAGCCGGAGGUCUUUCCCUGAAUCUUACAGUGGCAUCACACGUUUUUUUUAUGGAUCCUUGGUGGAAUGCUGCUGUGGAGAGGCAAGGUGAAGAUAGAAUCCAUCGAAUAGGGCAGUUUAAACCAACAAGGAUUGUGAGAUUUGUGAUUGAGAAUACAAUCGAGGAGAGGAUCUUAGAGUUGCAAGAGAAGAAAAAACUACUUUUUGAAGGGACGGUUGGUGGUGCUUCGGAGGCAUUGGAGGAAUUAACAGAGGCAGACUUGAAGUUCUUAUUUGUAACCUAAAUCAAUUUUUGUUCAGUUACUGUGUCUUGGAGGUUCUGGAUGUUUCGGACGAACAAGUUGCAGUGCAGUUAAAUUUAAAGUUUAGAGUUGACUUGACUAGUUCAGAUAUAUAUGAUCUGAAAGUGUUGACAUGCUUA